GGAAAAAGAGCGAGUGGUGUGGCGGUCACGACGUCUCUGCUCUCAACGGAAUUUGCACCGCCGGCGGGAAAACGCCGCUCACGGUAUGCUUACGUUACAGGAGAGUUUACUCUCUUCAUCUCGGCGCCAGGCUGCUGCUGCCACGCCGACUCCGUCGGAAUCUCAGCAUGCGGUGAAAAUCGGAUGCUUCUCGGCUGUUUUCCAGCUCUUCUCCAAAUACCAGAAUUCCAAUAAACGCUUGACAUUUGGUAGGAAGCAAGGGAAGCGGAAACCGUCGUCUCCAGCAAAAAGCAAAUGCUCAUCAGAGAAAGAGAAAAAAUUAGACGCGAAGGAUUUGAGUUGUGAUAUUAAACCUUCUAAGAGCCUCACGCCUUGGCCGGAGAUUCGACAAUCGCACGCUGCGAGCUCAUCGGAUGACUAUAGAACUUCGUCCUCACUUCUUAUGAAGCUCAUAGGUUUGGAAGAUUUUGGCAAAGCUGUAGCAAACCGGCCGGCAUUGGAAGAAGAUUCGGUAACCGAGAAAAGGAAGCAGCUGCUACAAGCUCUGGAGAAAUGCAACGAGGAUUUGGAAACACUGAAGAGGAUCAUUAACGCGGUGCAGAACUCUGAAGUUCGUCUUCAGCUGCCGCAUCCAACCGUGCAAACCGAUACGCGACAUUGCCGCAAUGGAAAUGAGGUCUCACCGGAGGUGGACGUGGUAGCUAAAGAUCUGAAUAUUCCGGUGGAUAUGGCGGAGGAAUUAACUCGAUCGCCGAUCGACAUGACAUCCACAGUACACAAUGAUACUGCAGGAGCAAAGUAUGACCACAAGCCGGCAAGGGAACCGGGAGAAGGCAACGAGCGAAACAUAACUAAAUCCUUAAACAAAUGCUCGUUUUACUAUUCGAUAAAACCAUGCUCACUUCUGCUGCUCCGGCGACGGCCACUAGCCGUGGCGGAGUGGGGCUGUGUUAGCAGGGGAAUGGUUGAGAGUGUAGAAGAGGUGUGUUGGGAGAUAGGGUGGGGUGAGAAGGGGGAGAUUGGGAACAUAGGACUGGUGGUUCAAGACCACCUUUGGAGAGAAUUGAUACAAGAGCUUGUUCUUGAGCUUGAGAAAUCUUGCUCCCUACAUCACUUGCCACUCCCUCUUCACCACUGCAAGAGGAGACUUUGUUUCUAAUUUGUAUGUCACCCAUAUUCAUAUAUAUAUAGCUUAAAGUAUAUAGCAGCACAUGCUCGGUUUAUAUUUUAAUGUUGUGCGUUGUUUUUUUAUACAUUACGUGUUGAGUUUAUUUAUUGUAUUUAUGUUGCU